AUGGCAUCAACAGACCAAGAACAGCAACAGCCGUUCGUGACGCUCGUCUCGGGCGACGGCUUCGAGUUCGUCCUGCCGCGCUCGACGGCCUGCAUCUCCAAGACCCUAGCCAUGAUGUUCGAUCCCUCCAGCAAGUUCUCCGAAGCGCUGUCCGGCCGCUGCGUCCUCGAGAACAUCAGUGGCGUCGUCCUCGAGAAGGUCUGCGAGUACCUGUGCUACAACGAGAAGAAUAAGACCCAGAUCAACGUCCCGGAUAUGGAUAUCCCGCCUGAGCUGUGUCUCGAGCUGUUGAUGGCCGCGGAUUAUCUGGAUGUUUGA